GGCGCUGGCCCCCAGGAAACCGCCGGAGCGUGCGCGUGGGGCCGCGCCCGCCGGACAUCCGGGGGGCCCUCGAGGAAGGCGGCGCCCCGCUCCCCCGGCUGCAGGCCGCCGCGUCCUCGAGUGCGCCCGUUCGCCCCGAAGGGGGAGUUUGCCGACGCUCCCUCGCUCCGGGGCCGCGGCUCCUUUAAGAGCACAGGCGUCCGGGGCGCCGCCUGACUGGAAAGCCGCCCCCGGGCCGGGCUCCCCCGGAAGGCCUCGACGCGCCGGCGGCGGCGGAGGGGCGCGGGCGGCGGGCGGCGGGCUGCGCGGGGCGGCGCGGCCGGCGGGGCGGCGGGGCCCGGGGCCGGCCGAGAGCGGCGCAGGCGCGCCGGGGGCAGCCCCGCUCCAGGCCCCGCCCCGCCGCCCCGCCCGCGCCGGGGUCCUCGGCGCUCGGGGCUGCGCGCGGAGCGGGCUCCGGAGGGAAGUCCCGAGACAAAGGGACGCGCCGCCGCCGCCGCUCGGCCCCCGCCGCUCGGCCCCCGCCUGUCCGCCUCGCUCGCCGGGCCGCGGCCGCCCGAGGAUUUGGACCAUGUCAGGCAUUGCCCUCAGCAGACUUGCCCAGGAGAGGAAGGCGUGGAGGAAAGACCACCCGUUUGGUUUUGUGGCUGUCCCGACCAAGAACCCCGACGGCACCAUGAACCUCAUGAACUGGGAGUGCGCCAUCCCUGGCAAGAAAGGGACUCCAUGGGAGGGAGGCCUGUUCAAGCUGCGGAUGCUCUUCAAGGACGACUACCCCUCCUCACCCCCGAAAUGUAAAUUCGAGCCGCCGCUGUUUCACCCCAACGUGUACCCCUCGGGCACGGUGUGCCUGUCCAUCCUGGAGGAGGACAAGGACUGGAGGCCGGCCAUCACAAUCAAACAGAUCUUGUUAGGAAUACAGGAACUGCUAAAUGAACCAAAUAUCCAGGACCCAGCCCAAGCAGAGGCCUACACAAUUUACUGCCAAAACAGAGUGGAGUAUGAGAAGAGGGUUCGAGCACAGGCCAAGAAGUUUGCACCCUCAUAAACAGCCCCGGAUUAAGGAGAAGGAAGGGAUUGGUUUGGCAAGAACUUGUUUACAACACUUUGCAAAUCUGAGGUUGCUCCGUACAGCGCUAGUCACCUAGGGGAGGGGGGCGGGCGCCAUGUCCGCUGCCGCCUCUGCACCCAGUGCUCCGUCGCCGACAGCCCCCGUUUCAUACAGGGUCUCUUCCUCCCGUCUUUUGUAUUUUUGAUUGUUAUGUAAAACUCGCUUUUAUUUUAAUAUUGAUGUCAGUAUUUCAACUGCUGUAAAAUUAUAAACUUUUAUACUCGGGUCGGUCCCCUAGGCGCUAGCCCCCCCCCCCCCCCCGCUCUCGGAUGCAGGCAUGCUCACGCUCGCGCUCCGCAGCCUCCAGCUGGCCCGGCCGGCGGCGUCCCCACCGCACCACUUCCCUCGUGUCCAUGGGGCGUGUCGUCUGUGUUGCUGUUAGUCAAUAAACUGUUUCUAUGA